CAACUCUUAAAGACGUGAAGUUUUCUUUAAUUAGAAGUAUCCUGACCAGACGCCACAGCUUUUUUAUUGUGUUCUGAUUCAUGUCGGUGGAGCUGACACAGACCCUGCACAUCUGCACUUGUCAAGAUGGAUUUCAAUUCCAUGCUUCUCAGUAUUGAUGAUGGAUUAGGAAGAGAAGAUAUAGAAGCUUUAAAAUUCCUCUGCAGGGAUGUCCUAAGGAAAAAUAAAUUGUUAUCUGUCCGGUCUGGCCAGGAACUUUUUCAGCAACUCAAGACUGAAGAUUUAAUAAGUGAGGACGAUUUUUUUCUGUUGGCGGAGCUUUUAUACAUUAUUAAUCACCACAGCCUCCUCCGUGAUCUUGGCACAAAUAAGGAGAACGUGCAGAAAGAUCUUCCACAUCAGGGGAAAAUAUCAUCUUAUAGGCGAAUGCUUUAUGAACUUUCAGAAAAUGUAACAGGAGACGAUGAAAAGCGCAUACUCUUCCUACUGCCUUUUCAGAAGAAGCAUAAAGAAAACAAGACCUUUCUGGAUGUGUUGUGUCAACUGGAAAAAGAGAACUCUAUUACAGAAGAUAAUGUAGGACUCCUGGAAGAUAUCUUCAAAAAGGUUUCACCUGAUCUAUUGAAAAUAAUUGAAAAAUACAAGGAACGGGAAAAUAACUUACAACCAUCUGCUCCUCCAGAGUAUGAGCAUGAAUUAAUAAACCCACCUCUCUCCAUCCAGGUUUCAAGCAAAAAUAAUGAAUCUUGGAAUGAAGAAACAGAGGAUCUGAUAGAGCAUAUUGGAACAAUACACGAAGAAGCUGAAAAAGAAGAUGACAAAUCAGGAAACAUUGACAAUCAGCUCUCUGAUCUCAGACUGAAUCCUGAAAUUACACCACAAGCAAGCUUAAAGAUGGAAUUGUAUGACAUGAAUCGCAAACAUCGAGGUUAUUGCUUGAUUAUUGAUAAUUCCAUUUUCGCGAAGGGUAAAAGGAGAGAAGGGUCAGACAAAGAUGCUGGUGCUCUGAGAGAUGUGUUUAAAUGGCUUGGAUUGGAUGUGGAAAUUGUGGAAAAUCUAGGGUCAGAAGAGAUUCGCGAUCGUAUAAAGAAGUUUAAAUCCAAAGACCACAGUGAAAGAGACUGUUUUGUUUGCUGUAUCUUGACACAUGGGGAAUCAGGAACAGUUUUGGGAAGUGAUGAUGAAGAAGUAUCAAUCCGUGAAAUUAUGUCUUAUUUCACACCUACAAGCUGCCUAUCUCUGGCUCUAAAACCGAAGCUGUUUUUUAUACAAGCGUGCCAAGGGAGAUAUACACACCCUUCAUCUAAAGUAGAAGCUGAUGCAACAGUUCCUGUAGAACACAAGAAAUAUAUUGUGAAUGUUCCAAAGGAGGCUGAUUUCCUACUAGGAAUGUCUACAGUUGAUGGUUAUUUCGCAUUCCGCCACAGAACAGAGGGCUCAUGGUACAUUCAGGCCCUUUGCAAGAACCUUGUAGAAAUGGUGCCAAGGGGUGAAGAUAUUCUGUCGAUUCUCACAAAGGUCAACAAAGAUGUUAGCCUAAAGGAAGACAGUGAAGGAAUCUUAAAGCAGAUGCCCCAGCCAUCUUAUACUCUGCUGAAGAAACUUAUAUUCCCUGUACCCAAUGUUCCUUUUAAGCCCAACAUUUGUCAAGAAAACAGUCCAUAAUCAAAUUCCAACUCUGGGAACUUUACACAGAUGCAAAAGUGACUUUAGCAGCCAUUGUAUUUUCCAUCAUGUGGUUGUCAGAUAGCUUUUAAAGUCUCUAACCUCAGGGAAAUGCAACUGUCACAAAUGUAUUGGCACUGCAUUUUGAUUUUCCUAAAGAACAUCAUGGCGAUUGCUGCAUAUCACAUUUUACUUGUCAGGAAAAUUUAUGAAAUCUUUUAACUGUUAAAGUACUUGCAAGUAGUACCGCUACUUUGUCACUUUUUGAGACGUGAACAGUGUCGGACUGGCCCACCAGGAUACCAGGAAAACUCCCGAUGAGCCCAGGUGUCUGUGGGCCCUUGUGCUGCUAAAUAUUUGGCAUAUUUCAUGGCCAUUCUCUAUUUCUUUGAGAACAAAGAGGCUAAAUAGAUGUAAUAAUAGAUUAUAGUGUGUCAAGAAAAGAGACUAAAGGAAUAGAGGUUGAGUGAUGAGAGGAAGAAUAGUAUACUGAGAGUGGGCCCCUGGUCUAUUGUUCUUCGGUGGGCCCCUGAUCUAAGAUUUUUGGUUGGGCCCCUGGUGUCCCAGUCCGACACUGGACGUGAAGUAUUGCUGAACACAUUUUUCUAUUAGCUGCCAAUGGUCUUCUGCAGGCAAAUCAGCCGAUACAGAAAAUGCAAUAAAAUAUAAAUGAAGAUUUGCUAAUACUUCACUUCACUAAAGUAUUUUUUUAAUUGAGGCUAGACAGGGAUUCCCUAAAAUCAGAAAUGAGCAUUGCUAACAACAUAAUAUACUGCUACUAAUUUGCAACACACAACAGCAACGCCAUUGGUAUGGUGCAUCAUCUUAACACUUCACUAUCUCAAUGGGCACAUCUUUUCUGGAUUUGCUAUACUGCUGUUCUGUGCCAAGAACCAGACUCCUAAAUCUCAAGGGAUAUUGGACUUGUGUUUUUUUUAUCUGUGACCUACAUAAUAUGUUCCGACUACACAGUCUUCCUCCACGGAAAUUACAGGGCUUGAUCGAACAUACUGCUGCUGUGCUGUGUUUAUUGUGAUUUUUUUGAAUGGCUUGUUCCUUUCAGAAUUGUACGUGUAAAUGUUUUUCAUGCAUGACCAAUCAUUUAUUGAUCUAUUAAAUACAAUGUGGUUUUAGUUAUAAGAAAAUUCCAAAGCAUUUCUGGACCCAGCAAGGGAAUCCUACCUUUAUUUUCAGGGUAAUGACGCUUCAGAUCACAUAAACAUCUGAUAUUUGGUGCACUGUUUCAUAUCAAUAAAGCUUUUUUUAUGAAAAAUA